AUGAAGUCUGUGCUAGAUAGUGUGGCUGACACCACCUUCCGGACUAUAACCUCUGGACUGCAGUACCUGGGCUCCAACGAUGCCAGCUAUGAUGACACCACCAUCAACGCUGACUUCACUAAGGGUGGAUUGUCUGUCCAGAAGCCUCUCUCUGAUUUCCGCAGUAACUCUUUCCCAGACAAGGUGGCUGGAGAUGAGGAACUCAUCCUCAAAGGCAUUCCAUUCUUCCCUACCAAUGCCACAGACCUGUUUGGCAACCGGAGUGGCUUUGGAGAUGAGGGAACCGGAAUCCAGUGUGGGGAGAACUUCAUGGACAUGGAAUGCUUCAUGAUCCUUACCCCUAGCCAGCAGCUGGCUGUGGCGGUGAUGUCACUCACCCUGGGCACCUUCACGGUGUUGGAGAACCUUAUCGUGCUGUGUGUGAUCCUCCAAUCCCGCACCCUGCGCUGCCGCCCCUCCUACCACUUCAUAGGCAGCCUGGCUGUAGCCGACCUGCUGGGCAGCGUCAUCUUCGUCUACAGCUUUCUGGACUUCCAUGUGUUCCACAGAAAGGACAGCCCCAAUGUGUUCCUCUUCAAGCUGGGUGGAGUCACCGCCUCGUUCACAGCCUCUGUGGGAAGCUUGUUUCUCACUGCUAUAGACCGCUACAUCUCCAUCCACAGGCCCAUGGCCUACAGGCGCAUCGUCACGCGGACCAAGGCUGUUAUCGCCUUCUGUGUGAUGUGGACUAUCUCCAUCGUCUUCGCAGUGCUCCCUCUGCUGGGCUGGAACUGCAAGCAGCUCAACUCGGUCUGCUCAGACAUCUUUCCGCUUAUCGAUAAGAAGUACCUGAUGUUCUGGAUCGGGGUGACCAGUGUGCUUGUCUUCUUCAUCAUCUACGCCUAUAUGUACAUCCUGUGGAAGGCCCACCACCACGCCGUGCGCAUGCUGAGCCGUACCUCCCAGAAGAGCCUGGUGGUGUACUCGGCGGAUGGGACUAAGGUGCAGACCAUGCGCCCUGAGCAGACACGAAUGGACAUCCGCCUGGCCAAGACACUGGUCCUCAUCCUGGUGGUGCUGGUCAUCUGCUGGGGCCCCGUGCUGGCCAUCAUGGUCUACGAUCUGUUCUGGAAGAUGGAUGACGAUAUUAAGACAGUGUUUGCUUUCGCCAGCAUGCUCUGUCUGCUCAACUCAACUGUCAACCCAGUCAUUUACGCCCUGAGGAGCAAGGACAUGCGACACGCCUUCCUCAGCUCGUGCCAGGCAUGCUGGGGCAGUGCCCAGCAGCUGGACAAUAGCCUGGAGUCUGACUGCCAGAGCAGGCACAUUGCUGCCAACAGGGCUGCAGAGAGCUGUGUGAAGGCCACUGUGAAAAUAGCCAAAGUGACCAUAUCUGUCUCCACUGAGACAUCUGCAGAAGCUGUCUAG